UUCCCCUCCAAUCACCAAACCAGUGAAGCAAAUACUCGAACUUUCUGAUCGUCCAAUCCAUUCACAAUGUCGCUCAUCCCAAAUUUCCGACGAAACAGCGUCUUCGACCUCGAUCUCUGGGACCCAUUCAGGGAUUUCCAAUUCCCUUCUUCAUCUCUCUCCACAUUCCCUGAAUUUCCUCGCGAAAAUUCGGCUUUCAUCAACACCAGGAUCGACUGGAAGGAGACCCCAGAAGCCCAUGUGUUCAAGGCCGACCUUCCGGGGCUGAAGAAAGAAGAGGUCAAGGUUGAGAUUGAAGAUGACAGGGUGCUGCAGAUCAGCGGAGAGAGGAAGAUAGAGAAGGAGGACAAGAACGACAAGUGGCACCGGGUCGAGAGAAGCAGCGGCAAGUUCUCCAGGAGAUUCAGACUUCCUGAGAAUGCGAAGCUUGAUGAGAUUAAGGCUGCUAUGGAGAAUGGAGUUCUCUGUGUGACUGUUCCUAAGGCAGAGGUGAAGAGGCCUGAUGUCAAAGCCAUUGAAAUUUCUGGCUAAUCUUGCAAUUACGAUAAUCUUUCUC